AUGGAAAGUGAACCGAGAGCGCCGCCUGCGUUGGCUCUGCCGCCCGCUCCAAUGCCCGCAUGGGAGGUCUUGCAGAAUCUUCAGCAGCUCCGACAGGUCCGGUGUCCCCGCGUCCAAUUGAAUCAAGAUGAGGGACAAGAAAGUGAUCAUGAUAUGACCGACGAGGGUUUUGAUGACCACGACGACUCGGACAUGGAUUCAGCUCUUGGAUCUAACUUGGCAGAUUCGACUUACUCCUUGAGCUCAAGCAUUUUCGACUACCGAACCCUGCAUGGCCGAACAUAUCAUUCAGAUAGAGGCACUGCCCAGUACUGGGCUUCGAAUGAUGAUCAAGCAAGCGAGUCGCUGGAUCUUGCACACCACUUCACUCUCCUUCUACUAGAGGACAAACUUCAUUUGGCUCCUUUAGACUCCCAUAUAUCAGUCGGUUACUCAGAUUCUGAUGUGAAGUUUAUGUGGCUUACUAAUGUUCUUGGCAGAGGGUUCUUGACAUUGGAACAGGAACUGGUAAGUCGUCCAAUCAUAAACUCAAAUUCCGGUACUGACCUGAGCAUAGCUAUUUGGGCAAUCGACUUUGCGGACGAGCACCCUGGAGUUGAAGUAGUCGGUACCGAGAUUAGUCCCAUUCAACCAACCUGGAUGCCCCCGAAUCUGCGACUUGAAAUUGAAGAUGCCAAUGACUCUUGGACCUUCAACCCUGAUUCAUUUGACUUUGUUCACAUGCGUUUCAUGCUGGGAAGCAUCACCGACUGGACUGCUACUUUCAGCGAAGCCUAUACCGCAUGUGUUCCAGGCGGCUGGGUCGAGAGCUACGAAGUUUCUUCAACUAUGGAGUCUGACGACAAUUCAAUCCCUGAUGGAAGUGCAAUGCAGCGCUGGGGUGAAGUCUUUGAAGAAGGUGGUCAACGAGCUGGAAGGAGUUUCUCCAUGAUUCAAGAGGAUGUCCAGAGGAAGUCGAUGGAGGAGGCAGGAUUCGUGAACAUUCAUGUGGUUGAUCUCAAGGCACCGUUUGGGGGCUGGCAUACAGAGGAGCGUCUCAAGCAAGUCGGAAUCUAUAUGCAAGCAGCUCUGGAGAGAGACUACGAGGGAUAUCUCUUGUUUCUAGCUUGCGAGCUCCUAGGAUGGACCGAGGACCGGGUCAGGGAUCUUUGUACCCAACUUCGACUUACUAUAGCUUACAAGAGCCACCUCAGUCAGAUGCCUCCACUACUGCCAAAGCCAGUAACAUCUUGCCACAAACCUCAGUGUAGUAGAUCUUGGACCGGUUUCGAUCUGUAUUGCGAGUUUGAUCAGCAGACCGCAGUAAGCUCCAACACUCCAGAUCUGAUCAGCAUCAAUGGUCAGCUCAUAGAGAAGGUCCACCAAAUCGGGCUCCAGCUCUAUGACUUUGAGGUCUUCACUUUAGACCCGGACAUGGUACGAGAGAUCGCUAAGCGAAGCGACAACGACAUUCGUAGUGUGUUUAUCGCCCACGAUAAGAGGAUCCUCAGUAUUAUCCACCGAGAGCUUCAUGAUCUUGUCCAUAAGCACAAGAUAAUAAGCCAGGACCAAAGAAGGAUCUUGGCAGAGUGCAUUAUCCCCACUAUCGUCCCCGGAUCUCCAGAGUUACAGACUGUCAUCGAAAAUGCAAGCCAAGAUCCGUCUAUCAAGGAUCAGUUUAUCAUAAAACCUUUUAGGCUGGCUCGUGGAUUGGGUAUUCGACUUGGGAAGGACAUUUCUGCCAAGGAGUGGCAGUCGAUAUUGCAGUUGAUGAAGAAAGCAGAAAUUGAUUCGUCUAUGACUCAGUAUCUACUUCAGCCUCUGCUGCCUUUGCAGACAGUAGAAUAG